UUUAUUUACCAAUUAUGUUUCUGUCGUGUAUUGACCAAAUAAAAAAUGCUAUUACACAAAAAAUAGUUAUAUUUUAAAAGAGGUUUGGAAAUCUGUCUUGAUUAGAUGGUAUUAAUUAGAGUGUGAGUCUAUUUCUAUAUAGGACACCCCUGUCAUUAUUGGGUACUACUCCUGGCACUUCCUUGAUCAAAAGUUUUAUUUAGGGGAAGGCUUCGGGGAAAGUUGGACACCGGUUUGGAUAUUUCGACGUUGUAUGUUGUCGAAUACUAAGGGCAUGGAUCAUAUUUAUGGUACAUUUUGGCAUAACUAGCGUGUAGGUAUCGCAUUUUCCCCAUGGCUGUACUUAUUAGAGGCUGGCUAACGUUGCACUGAGCGGCUCCACAAAGAGGAAGAUGUCCACGGCUAACGUUAGCGAAGACAUCAGAGGGAAGUUUCCCCUGCAUUCCGCAGUGUGGGAGAAUGAUUACAGGAAACUGGAAGAACAAAUAACGUUACUACAGAAUGACAUCGAGGCUGUAGAUCCCAGAGGUCGGACACCACUGCACCUCGCUGUCUCGCUCGGGCACCUGGAGUCAGUGAGAGUCCUUCUGAGACACGGUGCUGAAGUGACUAAAGAAAACAGCAUGAAUUGGACAGUACUGCAGGAGGCAGUCAGCACCGGAGAUCCAGAGAUGGUCCAGUUAGUGCUUCAACGCAGAGACUACCUCAAAGCCUCCACUGCUCUUGGAGGAGUGCCUGAGCUGCUGUCAAAGAUUCGAGAGUCUCCAGACUUCUAUAUGGAAAUGAAAUGGGAAUUCACCAGUUGGAUCCCUCUUCUGUCCCGGGUUUGUCCAAGUGAUGUUUGUCGCAUUUGGAAAAGUGGCGCCAGCCUGCGAGUGGAUGCCACUCUUCUAGGCUUUGAAAACAUGACCUGGAUCAGAGGGCGUAGAAGCUACAUCUUCAGAGGAGAUGAUUCACAUGCAGAGUUGAUGGAGGUGAACCAUGAUGAUGAAGUAGUGGACACUGAACGCUUUAACAUAUCCCAAGAAAUGGAGGAUGUCACACUAGAGUCAAUGCAGCCAGCUGAACAGGAAGUUGCCAAAAGGUUGACUACUCCUAUUGUCAACACCUACCUGGACACCAAGGAUAUUGCUUUUGAGAGGAGCAAGUCUGGGAUUUGGGGCUGGAGAGCUGACAAAACUGAAGUGGUCAAUGGAUUUGAAGCAAAGGUUUUCAGUGUGAACAAUGUAAAUGUGGUAAUCAGGACGAGGACAGAGCAUCUUACAGACGAGGAGAAAGCCCGGAUAAAAAGUGAAAGGAACAUCUUGGAGUCUCUGCUGGGGACUGUGGAGCAGCACAUAAGUGCACAAGGGGACCUGACUCUUGAGUAUGCAACUGCCACCAAUCCCACUGCCAUCACUCCAGAGGAAUAUUUUGAUCCUGACUUUGAACUGGGGGACAGAGACAUUGGACGUCCCAUUGAACUGAGCAUUCGAACACAGAAGUUCAAAGGUACAUUGUGGAUGAGCGAGGAACAUCCUCUGUCACUGGUGGAGCAGGUGACCCCCAUUAUUGAUCUCAUGGCUCGGACCAGUUCCCAUUUUGCGCGGCUACGAGACUUUGUAACCCUGAAGUUUCCUCCUGGAUUUCCUGUUAAAAUAGAGAUCCCCCUGUUUCAUGUGCUGAAUGCCAGGAUUACAUUUGGUAAUGUCAAUAAAUGCAGUACUGAAGAGGAGGCGAACACAACGCCAGCAGCCACACCAACAUCCUCGGGAGAAGAGGAAGAAGCUGCAGCACUGCCUCCGUUUCAAGUGUGUCCUUCAGUGUUUGAGGUGCCUGUCAGUUACCACCGUCGAGGAGGCAGCCGACACACACCCGUAUCCAACAACGACGAGGAGCUUUUGCAGUACGCCAUCCACCAGAGUCUCCUGGAGUCUCGCAGAGUCCCGGGCCAGGAGGGGAUUUGGGAUGAUGCUGAUGAAUUCACUGAUGUAAUGCCCAGCAGCCAGAGUGACAGGAGUAUCCCAGAGGGGGUGCUAGUGGAAUAUGAAGACACCCCCAGCCAUGCCAGCUCCCCCUCCGCCUCUAGCCCCGACUCAGAGCUUCGACUGGCCAUGGAGCUCUCUGCACGAGCUCAAGCGGAAGAGGAGAGGAUGAGGAAGCAGGAGGAAGAGGAGCUGGAGAGGAUACUGCAGCUGUCGCUCACUGAGAAGUAAAAGGAAUAAGAGGGAAUAUUAAUACAACUUUUCCAGAUCCAGAAGCAACCACCACACCUCAAUUUUCCUUCCUAAACACUGUAGUCAUCUAUGCAACCGCAGAUUUCUUUCUGUAACAGAUCAUUCUUGCACAGGCAAUAUCAAUCUCUCAGUAUCCAAUAUUUUCCGAAAGGUAUUUUUGGUAAGAACCUUUAUAUAUUUCUAUCUCCAUCCUCAAGCUUAAUACAUGGACUCUUUGAGAAAAUAUCGGGUCGAUUCUGCUUUUUAUUUCUUUCUUUUCUUUUCCAAAUCAAACUCACAGCAGCAACCCACGUGUGUUGAUCGUAUUGUUGUCCGGAGUGAGGUCAAAUCAGUGUAAUUAAGGUUCUGUGAACAAAAAUACUCAAGGUGACUUCAUGUAGUGCUGGCACUCAAAUGUGGUACUUAAGGUCCAGAGCACUGUUGUUUUUCACUAUUUUCAGUGUCUGAAUUUUAGAAAGCCAGAUUGAAAACAGCUUAGCACAGUAGAAAGUUUCUAGUACUGCAGAGCUAAAGGAUAGAUAGAUUUGAGUGUUUUCACUGUGAAGUCUUCCUACAGAGUCACUUUGUUGGGGACCAUGGGCUUACUGAAUAACAAAAAUCUCAGGGUUCCAAUUUUACACAUUUUCCCUUCACUUUGGAAUUAGUUUGUUAAUCAGUUGUAAAACUAUUGGAAAUUGUAGCCUGGUAAAUGUUUCUUUGGUGUGAAAUUAUAUUACUUUUGCAUAUUUGCCAUGUCAAUAUUAAUUCAUAAAGUUGGGUUAAUUGAGUCAAAAAUUCAUAAGUAAAUGCAUUUUCUUGUACUUUGUGAAUGUACACUCUACAGAUGGGUAAACAAAAGCAUGUUGCUGUGAGAGAAACUUUAAAUCAGAUGCAUGGCAAAGUCAUAUCUUGCUGCAACAAGGUUGGGGGUUAAACUUUCCUGGCCCGUUUUUUUUAUUAUUAUUAUUUUUGAACAUUGUCUCAGAUUUCAUGGUGACAAAUGACAACAUAUUUUUGUUAACUGUCACUGAGCAACUUCAAGCAUUAUCACCUCAGUUCAAAAAUGCAAUAGCAGAGACCAGUCUGUCUGUGGAUGCAUAGCUGUCAUGCAGUUAAGAAGCAGUCACACAACCAGUGCUGCAGAGAUUAUUCAGAUUCCUAAAGGCAGUCUGUUAGCCUUUUGUAGCCACGAACAACUCUAGACCUCUGAGCAGAAGAAAAGACAGCACAGACUCAAAGAUCAAGCAUGCCGCCAUACAUAGGAUUAGUUUCUUCAGCAUGUGCCAACGGAUUGCAUUGCUCUGACAGCGCUUUGUCUGGUCAAGAGGUGGUGAUGAUUUUAUGUGGUGCCACUCAGACUAAACUUUUGAACAAUUUUGUACAAAUAUUUGUAACUUAAUAACAAGAUGAAGAGGUUUCAGUUGUAGCAGGGUGAUGCUGAGUAACAUGCAUUAACCACUAUAGUUGAUUUCACUGACAACCAACCACUUUUCAAAGGUCUCUCUGCGUUGCUGUGUCUGACUUUCAGGGGCUUCAGCUGAAAAACGACUAAUUAUAAAGAUCAAAUUUCCAAACUGACUGAACAGUCAACUUUAAAAAGGCUAGCUUUGGUUUAUUUAAUGCAGAAUUUUUGUAAUGUGCCGUUCCAGCUGCAAAGUUGUUGUUUUUUUUAUGUUAAAAUUUUAAGAAAAUGUGUCUGUUUCAAAAUGUUGUUUCUAAAAUAAAAGCACUUUAUUUCUAUGAGGAUUAAACGUGA